AUUCCCCUUCUUCUUCUUCUUCUUCUUCUUUUACUUGUUUCGUGAGUGAGAUCUCCACUCCAGAUUUUUGUAUCUAACUAUAUCUAUAUAUACACACACACAUACAAUAUGUUGCAUCAAUAGCUCCAGCUGCAUCCACAGCAGUUAGCAAAUAAAAAAGUUGAAAAAAAUGGAAAUUGAUGAAAGAAAAAACGUACCACAAGUUCUAUACGAGACACGUCAUCACGCUUCUAGACCUUUCUCUUCUAAUUAUCCUCCGAUCCAUCAUCAACAGGCGAAUGAAAGCAGUAGCAGAGGUUUUUUUAGAUUGCUUUCGGCUCAAGGUCUCAGCAAUUUUAGAGAUAAAUGGACCUCAAAUAAACAUCAACAGAAAUUAAGCAAAUGGAUAUCGAUGUUCAUCUCUCCAAGUGGUGAACAUGUGGCUAUAGCAGCUGGAAACGAGAUAACCAUCUUACGGAGGGAUGAUAAUUACCAACAACCUUGUGCGAUUUUUACUAGCAGCUUUCCUGUCACAUUUACAUUUGGAACUUGGUCAGAGGAUCAUGGUGUUCUGGGAGUCUUUGACAAUGCCGAUACCCUCUAUUUUAUAAGAGCAAAUGGUGAAGAGAUAACCAGAAUUACUAAACAGCAUUUAAAAGUGCCUUUGCCAGUCGUUAGUAUAUUUAUUUAUAAUGAUAAGGAUACGAAGAAGUCUUGUUUGUGUACAUUUAGCAUACUUGCAUCAGAUGGUUCAGUUUAUGAUAUUGAGAUUAGUCAGGACCCAAGUGCUUCCAUUUCCACUAUGAGUAGCUUAAGUGGUGGCUCAUUACUGCAGAAGCAGUUCCCUCAGAACGUUUGUUGUUGUGGAUAUCAUCCAGAUAACUCGCUGUUUGCCGUAGUUAGUAGUACUGUUAGCAUCACAUCGACCUCUAGCGACAUUAUUGGACCUUACAGUAUUUCCAUUUGGCAAUGGUGUAGACAAUCAGGCUUACAACAAGUGGCUUCUGCUGAGUUUGAAGGUCUCUACACUAAGACGAAAAGUUAUUUAGAUCAAAUAUCCUUACCUAAAGUUCUAUUCUCACCACACGGAGAAUUUGUUGCUAUGUUGGAUUUGAGAGGACGCUUGGCCAUAUAUAAGCUAAAGGAACACUUACUUUCAGAAGUCCAUUUCAAAGAAAAUAAUGAGUUGAGUAAUAUAAUAGAUUUUACUUGGUGGACUGAUUGUAUUGUUGUCAUUGCUAAUAGGAGUGGCAACAUCACUAUGAUAGACAUUGAUAGAGGAGUAAAGGUUUUGGAGAAUGAUUGUAAAUACUCUUUGCCUAUUUUGGAACGAGUACAAUGGUUGGCAGGAUGCAUAUUUAUUUUAGAAAGCAGAUCAUCUGAAAAGAAUUUUGAACUGUCAGAUUUGCUUCUUUUUGAGCCAGUAACUGCAGAAAAGUAUAAACAGUUUGACAAUGCUAAAUUGCAAUGGAGCUUGGUGUCAUUUUCAAAAAGAUCUGCUCAGGAACUUUAUGAUAUUCUAAUUAGCAGUCAGCAGUUUCAGGCUGCAUUAGAGUUGGCUGAUCAACAUGGGUUGGACAAAGAUGAAGUGCUGAAAGCACAGUGGCUGCAUUCCGCACAGGGAAAGGGUGAAAUCCGUACAUUGCUUUCACUUGUUAAGGACCAAGAUUUUGUAUUAUCCGAGUGUCUAGAAAGAGUUGGGCCUACAGAAGAUUCAGUGAGGGCUUUACUUGCUUAUGGUCUUCAUUUAACAAACGAUUACAAGUUUUCUGAGGCGGAUGAAGAAGAGCGUAGCCCAAUUUGGGAUUUUCGUUUGGCAAGACUUAAGAUGUUACAAUUUAGAGACAGACUGGAGACAUUUAUUGGAGUAAACAUGGGCAGGUUUUCUGCGCAGGAUUACAGCAAAUUUCGUUCAUUGCCUAUCAAUGAAGCGGCAAUUGCACUUGCAGAAAGUGGGAAAAUUGGAGCUUUAAAUCUUCUUUUCAAGCGCCAUCCUUAUUCAGUCUCUCCAUGCAUGCUUGAAGUUUUAGCUGCUAUUCCUGAAACAGUCCCCGUUCAGACAUAUGGACAGUUGCUUCCUGGAAGCUCUCCUCCUCAGUUUACCACUCUAAGAGAAGAAGACUGGGUUGAACGUGAAAAGAUGGUGAAUUACAUUAAAACCCUCCCAGAAAAUCAUGAGAGUACCAUUUUGAUCAGAACUGAACCAAUUGUUAAGCAAUUGAUGGGAUAUAAAUGGCCAUCCGCUGAUGAAUUAUCCUUCUGGUACAAACAGAGAGCUAGAGACAUGGACAGCCUAAGUGGGCAGUUAGACAAUUGUAUAGCUUUGAUUGACUUUGCAUGCCGAAAGGGCGUUAAAGAAUUGCAAGAGUUCCACGAGCUUAUGUCUUAUUUGCAUCAGCUUAUCUACUCUGAUGAUGAUGAUCAUGAUUUGAGCUUUAGCAUGAGCCUUAUUACAUGGGAACAGUUGUCUGACUAUGAAAAGUUCAAGUUGAUGCUUAAGGGGUUCAAUGAGGAAAAUGUUAUCAAAAGAUUACGUGAUAGAGCAGUACCAUUUAUGAAAAAGAGAACUGGGGAUGAAGUGGUCAAUGAUCCUAUUGAUUCAUUUUUCGUUAGAUGGAUGAAAGAGGUCGCCAUGGAGAAUAAAAUAGAGGUCUGCUUGAUAGUUGUUGAGGAGGGGUGCCAGGAAUUUGGGAGAAGCAACUUUUUCAGAAAUGAAUGUGAAGCAGUAGAGUGUGUGCUUCAGUGUUUGUAUAUGUUUACCGUAACUGAUAAGUGGAAUACCAUGGCCUCAAUCUUGUCUAAACUUCCAUUUUUGCAAGGUUCUGAAGUAGAGAGCCCCAAAAAGAAACUUAGACUUGCAGAAGACCAUGUUGAGGCUGGAAGGCUGUUGGCGUUGUACCAGGUUCCAAAGCCAAUUGCUUUUUUCCUCGAGGCACAAACAGAUAGCAAGAGUGUGAAACAAAUUCUUCGUCUUAUACUUUCAAAGUUUAUCCGUAGACAACCUGGUCGAACAGAUAAUGACUGGGCAAACAUGUGGCGAGAUUUCCAGUCGCUGCAAGAAAAAGCAUUUCCCUUCAUUGAUUUAGAAUACAUGUUGAUGGAAUUCUGCCGGGGACUACUAAAAGCUGGAAAGUUUUCGCUUGCUCGGAACUAUUUAAAAGGCUCGGGAUCACUGGUGUUGCCAACAGAAAAAGCUGAAAGUAUAAUCAUUUUGGCAGCCCGGGAAUACUUUUUUUCAGCUUCUAGUCUAUCUUGCUCAGAAAUCUGGAAGGCUAAGGAAUGUCUGAAUAUUCUUCCAAGCAGUAGAAAUGUCAUGGUGGAGUUAGAUAUCAUUGAUGCCCUAACUGUUAAACUUCCAAGAUUAGGGGUACACAUUUUACCAAUGCAAUUUAGGCAAAUCAAAGACCCAAUGGAGAUCAUCAAGUUGGCAAUCACCAGUCAAAAUGGGGCUUAUCUUAAUGUUGAUGAACUAAUUGAAAUAGCCAAGCUUCUUGGACUCAAUUCUCACGAUGAAAUCUCUUCCGUCCAAGAAGCUAUUGCAAGAGAGGCAGCAGUUGCUGGUGAUCUUCAACUUGCUUUUGAUCUUUGUCUUACAUUGGCAAAAAAGGGUCAUGGUCCCGUUUGGGACUUGUGUACUGCACUUGCAAGAGGUCCCGCCCUUGAAAAUAUGGAUAUUAGCUCUCGAAAACAACUACUAGGAUUUGCUUUGAGUCAUUGUGAUAAAGAUUCAAUUGGUGAACUUUUACAUGCAUGGAAAGAUCUAGAUAUGCUAAGCCAAUGUGAAAAGUUAUCUAUGUUUACUGGAAAAGAUGUUCCAGAAUUAUCAGGGCAUGAUAUUGACCUUAUAGAUUCAUCCGGGCAGGUCAAUGCAGAUAUUUGUGAUGAACAAAACUCUUAUUUCGCAUCCAUAAAAACAAGACUCUCUGAUGUAGCUGACUUGCUACCUGCAGAAAAGCCUUAUGAUUUUGAUUCUCUGUUAAAAGAAAAUGGUAAAAUGUUGACUUUUGUGGCUUUACGCCUCCCAUGGUUGCUUGAAUUGAGUCAAGAAGCAGAAAAUGGCAAAAAGUUUCUUGGAACGCAAGCAAUUGCAACUGUUUUCUCCUGGUUGGCAAUAAAUGAUUUGUCUCCGAAGGACAAUCUGAUUGCUUCUUUAGCAAAGUUAAUAAUGAAGCCACCUGUUACAGAAGAGGAAGACAUCUUAGGGUGUUCAUUUUUAUUAAAUCUUAAUGAUGCCUUUUACGGUGUGCAAAUAAUAGAAGAACAGGUGAAAUUAAGGGAAGACUAUGAUGAAAUAUGUAGUAUGAUGAAUCUUGGGAUGAUUUAUAGUCUGUUGCAUAAUUCCAGUGGCGAGUGUGAGGACCCAGUUCAGCGUAGGGAAUUGCUGCUAAGAAAGUUCCAAGAGAAAUACACUUCACUAAGUUCAGAUGAACGCAACAAAAUUGACCAAGCACAGUCCUCAUUUUGGAGAGAAUGGAAGUUGAAGUUAGAGGAACAAAAGCGAGUGGCUGAUCAUACAAGAGCGAUUGAGCAGAUUAUUCCUGGUAUUGAAUCAGCACGCUUUUUGUCUGGAGACAUCAACUAUAAGGAGAGCGUCGUAUUGUCCUUUGUGGAAUCUGUAAAAACAGAGAAAAAGAGAAUCCUGAAAGAUUUAUUGAAAUUAGCCUCGGACUAUGGCUUGGAUCAAAUUAAGGUGUUACUGAAAUUCCUUUCUUCUACCCUUCUUUCCAAUAUUUGGACAGUUGAUGAUAUCAAGUCUGAAGUUUCACAAUUUGAAAGCGAAAUACUUGAUUCUGCCGAGGUUGUCUUCAAAACAAUCUCCUUUACUGUGUACCCCGAAAUCGAUGGCCGGAAUAAAGAAUGCCUUGCUUAUAUAUACAAUCUUCUCUCUAUUUGUUUCUCAAGGGUUGAAGAAAAGAAUGAAUUACUAUCAAGUAUUGGUCCAGAUACACCCCUUUUAACAAUUGAGGAGCUCGAUAGCUUUUACAAGAACAUGGAGCAAGAUUGUAGUAAUCUUUCAUUCAUCAAGGACCUGAACUUCAAAAAUAUUGCUGGCAUAUUUGGUCCAAAUCUGGCAGGUAUUACCAAUGAAGUGUAUGCUCAUGUAAAUGAAAGAAGUGUUGAAGCACUUGCAGAAAUGGUGAAAACCCUUACUGGGAUUUUUAAAGAUCAGGUUCCCGAGGGUCUCGUGCCCUGGCAGUAUGUGUAUGGAUAUUAUGUAUCAAGUUCAUUAACAACUCUUGAAAAUAAGGCCAAAUCAGAAGUUCAUUUCCAAAAUCCUGAGACCCUUGCAUUAUUCAUCAAUGAACUCGAGAGUACAUAUGACAGAUGCAAAAAAUAUAUUGGACUCAUUGCUUAUCCAGGGGCUUCUGUGACGGGCAUAAUGAAGAAGUUUUUUAAGAUAACUCCAUCAUUGAAUGGAAAUUUCGAUGAUUUGGCGGAUCCAAAAUGGAAGGAUGACCUGGUUGUACUUUUAAAUUUCUGGCUCAGGUUGAUCGACGAUUUGCAAAAGUUUGUAUCUUCGAGUGAUAUGGAAGGGAAAUUCUCUCCUACUUGUGUGAUGAUCUGUCUCGAAGCCUUUGUUGAAUUGGUUAAAAAGGAAAUUAUCUCAAUUAGUGAGGGUUGGGCGUCUCUUUUUGCAUAUAUCAACUUCAGUCUCACGGGUGAUGUUUAUACUGAAAUUCUCAAUUUCUGCAGAUCGAUGAUUUUAUCUGGGUGUCAUUUCAAAGCAAUAUCAUAUGUUUAUCAUGCAGCGAUUUCACAUUUUUCUCCUAACACGAAUUUGUCAGGUGAGAUUCGUAGGCAUUACGAAAAUAUCAUGGAUCUUCCCCAUCUAUACAUAAGAAUCUUGGAAACCAUCUUAAAGGAUUUAGCUCGUGGAUCUGGUGAACAACAGUGUUUAUAUCGGGUUUUAUCGAGUUUAAGUGAAUUAGAUGGUGAUCUAGAGGAAUUAAAGAAUGUCAGGAGUGCUGUCUGGGAUCGAUUGGCCCAAUUUUCCGAUAAUAUGGAAAUCCCGAGUCACGUGCGAGUUCAUAUGUUGGAACUUAUGCAAUAUAUAACGGCAUUGACUGCAAAGUUAACUUCUUUCUCUACCGAGCUUCGAGUCAAUGUUGCCCCAUGGGAUGGGUGGGAUAAUACUGGCAUUGCAAGUUCAAACAAUGAAACUGCAGCUGAUAAUGAUGACGUGCCAAACAGGUUCACACAUACUUUAGUUGCUCUAAAAUCAUCACAACUACUGUCAACAAUAUCCCCAACCCUUGAGAUAACUCCAAAUGACCUUUCUACCCUCGAUUCCGCAGUUUUGUGUUUCUUGAAAUUAUCUGAAAAUGCUGUUUCUCAAUCUGAUAUCAAUGUUUUGAUACCCAUAUUAGGAGAGUGGGAAAGACUUUUUGGUACUAAAAGUGCAAUAGGGGAGGUGAAAAACUCAGAACAAACAAGUAAUAGUGCUGAGGCAGAGACUGAUUGGGGGAAUGAUGAUUGGGAUGAAGGAUGGGAAGACUUUCAGGAAGAAGAAUCAAGUAAGAUAGAAACUAAUAAUGAAACUACCCCUUUGGUUCAUGCUUUACAUGAGUGUUGGGCAGAGGUUUUUAAGAAACUAGCAUCAUUAUCUCAGUUUAACGACAUAAUGAAAAUUAUCGACCAAUCCAAGACAAAAGGAUAUGGGGUAUUGUUAAAUGAGGAUGCUGCUCACAACUUAACCCAAUUGUUACUUAAGGUAGAUUGCUUUAUAACUCUUAAAAUUGUCGUUCUGUUUCCUUAUGAGAAGAUUCAGUUGGAGUGUUUAGGUUUUGUCGAGGAGAAAUUGAAGCUAGGAAACAUACCGGGUCCUGUUUUAACCGACCAUGAGUUGUUUAUUUCUUUAUUAUCCUCGGGACUUGUACCAACCAUCAUCACGAAACCAUCAUAUGGGAACACCUUUUCCUAUCUAAACUAUAUGGUUGGGAAUUUCUGUCGUAGUUAUCAAGAAGCUCAUAUCUCAGGACUCAUAAUGGAAGAGGGACCCCCUAAGAACGACAUUUGGUUUGUUUUCAAAACAGUUCUAUUACCAUGUUAUUUAUCGGAGCUUGUAAAGGCAAAUCAAGUGAUGUUAGCGGGAUUAGUAGUUACAAAAAUCAUGCAUACAAGUGUGUCUCUCGGUUUGAUCAAUGUAGCAGAAGCUAGUCUACGGAAGUACUUAGAAACACAGCUUGAAGUUUUACAAGGCAAUGCUUUUAAGUUCGAGGAGAUGACCUUUUGUGAAUCACUAGUGAAUACGGUUGGUGACUUAAGUGGCAGGUUGGAGAAUCUGAUCAAAUCGGCUCUAGGAGUGCUGUCACCAAGUGUUGUUAAAAGAUAAUAUGAUUCGAAGUUAGACAUUAGACAUUAGACAUCAUAUUUUGCUGUGUAGAUAUGUUAUAAUUCUGGUUAUAUAUGUUCCUUUUUUUUCUUGUAAAGGAUAAGAACCUCUAGAUUGGGAGUGCGACCCUGUUUGUCUUACUGCCAAGAUAAUCAAAGCAUUAGAGUUGCAGCAUUCUUUAAGUUAA